AGCUGGGCUGGGCUGGGCUGGGCUGACCUGACACCUCCCCAGCCUCCCCUUGCACAGCUGCUGCCUGCUGCUCGCUGACAGGCUGCUGCACCCGGCAGAGCCACAUCUUCCCUUUGCUCCGGGAGCUGGGGCUUGGCUGCAUGUUUCCCCCUGAGCUGUGCGAGGGUGGGGGGCUCCGCGGGCCCCAGGCCAUGGAGUUCUGGAGCAGCCCCGCAGCCUACGAUGAGGUGCCCGGGAGCCCGGCUCUGCACGGCUCCGCGGAUCUGAUCACUAACGAGCUGGAGGAAGUCCUCUGUUCCGAGCGGGUCGGCAGGAUCACAAAGACCUACCAUGAUCUUGAUGCGGUGACCAGCCUGCUGGAGGAGAAGGAGCGGGACCUGGAGCUUGCGGCCCGGAUCGGGCAGUCCCUGCUGAAGCAGAACCGGAGCCUGACGGAGCGAAAUGAGCUCCUGGAGGAGCAGCUGGAGCUGGCCAAGGAGGAGGUUGCCCAGCUGCGGCACGAGGUGUCCAUGCGGGAUGACCUGCUCCAUCUCUACACCAACACCGUGGAGGACAGCGAGCCGGCCACAGCCACUGCCACGCCGCUGCGGCGGAACGAGUCCUCCCUGUCCCUGCAGCAGCACGUCCAGUACGACGCCCUGCAGCAGAAACUCAGGGGCCUGGAGGAGGAGAACCAGAAGCUGCGCUUGGAGGCCACCAGCAUCGCCACGGAAACCUGCCAAUACGAGGACCAGGAGCAGCAGCUGAUGCUGGACUGCGUGGAACAGUUCUCUGAAGCCAGCCGGCAGGUGGCCUCUCUCGCCGAGGAGCUGGCUCGCAAGACCGAGGACACGGCCCGGCAGCAGGAGGAGAUCAGCCAGCUCCUGGCCCAGAUCGUGGACUUGCAGCAGAAGUGCCGCACGUGCGGCGCAGAGGUGGAGGAGCUGCAGCAGCAUCUGGCCGCGACGAAGGCGUCUCAGCAGAACCUGCGCACUGAGCUGCAGGACCUGCAGGAGAAAUACGCCGAGUGCGAGGGCAUGCUGCACGAGGCCCAGGAGGAGAUCAAAACCCUGCGCACCCGGAACCUCCCCAGCAGCAGCCUGAACCGCUACAGCCUGCUGCCCCUGGACUCGCUGGCUGCGGAGAUCAAAGGGAUCAUGAGGAAAGGAGCCGACAGUUCGUCCUCCUCAGAGUACAAGAGCUACAAGCGGGUCUUCGAGACGGUGAAGGUCGUGAACCAGGCAGUCAAAGCCAAGUCGCGUGCGGAGUCGCCCCAAAACCUGCCUGGCUCCAAGCCGUCCUCAGCCCUCCCCUCGGCAGGGUGCAGCCGGGUCAGCACGCCCCGCACCAGCUACUACGGGUCCGACAGCGCCAGCCUGGCCCCGGAGAGCACCCUGGGUGAGGAGAAGCUGCGGGGCACCCCGGGCACCCCGGGCCGGCACGACCUGGAGGCAGCGCUGCAGCGUCUGUCCGCCCGCCAGGAGAGCCACGCCUCGGAGCGCUCCUUCUUCGAGACAGAGCGGGAGCAGAAGCUGAACCAACUGUCCAGGGACGUGGAGAGCUCCAGCGGCUUCCUCACGCCCGAUGACAGCGUCCUCUCCACCGGUACCAACUACUCGGGCAGCUCGGAGCACACCGGGGGCUCCGGCUUCUCCCUCGGCUCCCUCUCCUACCUGCCGGACAAGCUGCAGAUCGUCAAGCCCCUGGAAGGCUCGGUGACUCUCCACCACUGGCAGCAGCUGGCGAAGCCCAACCUGGGCGGGAUCCUGGACCCCCGGCCCGGCGUGCUCACCAAAGACUUCCGGCAGCUGGACGUGGACCUGGAGGAGGUCUACAACCUGAACGACCUUGAGGAGGACGAGGUGGACCUGAGCACCUUCCCGGCACUUGCUGCCUCCACCCCGUCCAAGGCCACGGGCUGCUCCAGUGUGUUCCACUCCUCCAUUAACAACCUCCCCCAGACUCCAUCUACAUUCACCAUCACCACCUGCCGCAUCUUACACCCCAGCAAGGAGAUCACCACGGUGACGCCCAGUCUUUAUAAUACGGUCGUGCCCUCUUGUGGGCCCUUUGAGAGGCUGAGAGCCGCCGGCCCCGUGCCCCAGGCGCUGGAGCCUGGCCCCCGGGCGCCUCUCGGACUCGUCACGCUGCUGCUGGAACACGGCAUCUCGGCCUCGGUGCGGGCUGGCAAGGCCCUGGCUGCGCUGCGGGCGCCGGAGCCCCCCUCUUGGCUCUCCCCCUUGAGAGAGCAGCGGGGCAGCUCAGGCUUGGCUCAGCCCUUCCCGAGGGCCCCCGGGCUGGAUGACGGCAGGGCCGCUGGGCCCAGCGGAGCCCAGAACAAGAGCAACAUCUUCAGCUGGAACCUGGUGGAGAAGCUGAAGAGACUCAGGCUGGACAAAGUGGUGGCCAGAGGAGAGGCCUCCUUCCGGGGCGCAGGGGCGGGCAGACAGCCCGCUGGGGCGCCGGCCCCCACCACGCAGGCGUGAGCUGGUUCUUGGGACUCUGCCCCGACGGGGAGCCCACGAGCCUCCUGCCUGGGACAUGAGCCCCUGCAGAGCAAGGUGGCUCCCACCUGGGCCACCCAUCACCCCCUCCCCAGAGCCCUUUCCAGCCAGCCAGGAGCCGGCGGAGGUCGGGGGGGGGUGAGAGCAGUGAUCCGUCUGGGGCUUGGCUGCUGGCAGGAGCUGGGCUCAGCAGAGGGGUCUGCUCUGUCGUCUUAAUUUAUUUCCAGCCACGGUGAGGGGGGGCCACAGGUGAUGGGGGUGGGGUGACCAUUUUCUGAGUGGCUGUGACAACGGGUGCAUCAGCUGCUGCAGUUUAAUAGGCACCUGGGAUCUCUGCCACUGAGCUGGGAGUAGGGGACGUGUGCCCUGGGGGGGGCUCAGGCUGCCCCAUAGCAGCCCCCCCCAUGCAGCAGGUCUCCCGCAUGCCUUGUGACAAGGGGGUGAGGCUGGGGACACUGCUGAGCUGGAACUCAGCCUUGGCCUGUGACGUUGGCUCUGGGCUCCUGGAGCCGGGUGUUCCCCCAGCACUAGCAGGGCGGCCUUGCCUGCCGGGGGAGCACUGAGUGCACGCUGGGGCUGGGGGGGGGCCGCGGUGCACCUAGUGCUGCCCGUCCCGUCUCAGUGAUCCACGGGCCUGUCCUCCCCCCCGGCUCCCUCUGCAGGACAGCAGCAUCUCAGCCUCCGCCGCUCCUGGGGGGUCAGGAUCGCAAAACUAGGUCUGGAAGCUCCGGGGCUGAGGGCAGGGAAGUUUUGCCCAGCCCCUGCUCCUAAGGGCUCUAGCCGCCUCCCCGAGCCCUGAACUUGCCUUCAGCGGAAGCUGGUGGGCACAGAUUUGGGGCGGGGGGGGGGUGUCUGCCCUUGGAACGGCAGGCAGGGAAGUGGCUCAGAUCUGUGGUUUACGGGAGGUGGUGCCGGUGCCUCCUGUCACUGCCUGAGCCCCCUCCUGUGUGUGUGUGUGGGGGGGGGAGGCCAGG